AUGCCCUGUGUUCAGGCUCAGUAUGGGUCCUCGCCUCAAGGAGCCAGCCCGGCCUCCCAGAGCUACAGUUACCACUCUUCGGGAGAAUACAGCUCCGAUUUCUUAACUCCGGAGUUUGUCAAGUUUAGCAUGGACCUCACCAACACUGAGAUCACUGCCACCACUUCUCUCCCCAGCUUCAGUACCUUUAUGGACAACUACAACACAAGCUACGACGUGAAGCCACCUUGCUUGUACCAAAUGCCCCUCUCCGGACAGCAGUCCUCCAUUAAGGUGGAAGACAUUCAGAUGCACGGCUACCAGCAGCACAGCCACCUCCCCCCCCAGUCCGAGGAGAUGAUGUCCCACUCGGGCUCCGUCUACUACAAGCCCUCGUCGCCCCCCACCCCCUCCACGCCCGGCUUCCAGGUGCAGCACGGCCCCGUGUGGGACGACCCCGGCUCCCUGCACAACUUCCACCCCAACUACGUGGCCACCACGCACAUGAUCGAGCAGCGCAAAACGCCCGUCUCCCGCCUCUCCCUCUUCUCCUUCAAGCAAUCCCCCCCCGGCACCCCCGUUUCCAGCUGCCAGAUGCGUUUCGACGGAUUCCAGGCUAACCCCGACUACCAGAUGAGCGGAGAUGACACUCAGCACAUCCAGCAGUUCUAUGAUCUCCUGACGGGCUCCAUGGAGAUCAUCCGAGGAUGGGCAGAGAAGAUCCCCGGCUUCACUGACCUGCCCAAAACGGACCAGGACUUGCUCUUCGAAUCCGCCUUCCUGGAGCUGUUCGUGCUGAGGCUGGCGUACAGGUCAAACCCAGUGGAGGGCAAGCUUAUCUUCUGCAACGGGGUGGUCCUGCACCGGCUGCAGUGCGUCCGCGGCUUCGGGGAGUGGAUCGAUUCCAUUGUUGAAUUUUCCUCCAACUUGCAAAACAUGAACAUCGAUAUCUCUGCCUUCUCCUGCAUUGCUGCCCUGGCCAUGGUGACAGAGAGGCACGGGCUUAAAGAACCCAAGAGGGUGGAAGAGCUUCAGAACAAGAUUGUAAAUUGUCUGAAAGACCAUGUGACUUUUAAUAACGGGGGGCUGAAUCGCCCCAACUAUUUGUCCAAACUCUUGGGGAAGCUCCCCGAACUCCGCACGCUUUGCACGCAGGGGCUGCAACGCAUUUUCUACCUGAAACUGGAAGAUUUGGUGCCACCGCCAGCAAUAAUCGACAAACUUUUCCUGGACACUUUACCUUUUUAAGACUCUUUUUUUUGCCCCCUGCACUUCCACUGACCCGAAGAGAAACUCGGCCUGUCUGAAGGGGAAUUCACCUGGGCCCAGAGCAGCUCCUGGGGCGCAGCUUCCCUCCCAAACCGUGUUGCAAACCUCCUGCGGGCAGAACGCCGACGGGCAUUGUGGCUCUGGGGCCUCAUGGAUGCAGAUCAUGGACUACACAAAUAACUCAUGGUAUAAACUUUUUAUUAUCAGCUUAUAAACGAGUUUACUAUU